AUGCUACGAUUAUUACUUCUCUGCAUCUUGUCUCUAGUGUCGUGCCAAACACCAGUAAAAAGAUAUUAUAUCCGUAAAGAUUAUUUUCAUGGUCUCAAACCAGGUGAGUUUACGGUUUACAAUCCAACAGGCGAAACUACUUACUAUAGAAUCGAAUCUCACUAUGGAAUUUUACACUCGCUUGAACUUAUUUCCUAUCCAUCGAAAAUAGUCGUAGGCAAACUUAAGGCAAAACUAAGCCUGCUACUCUAUAAAGCAGAAUUGGAUAUUUUCGACAAUAAGUCUCAACGAUGGAUUAAUGGAAAGAUCGAUGCAAAUUUUCAAUUAUUCGAAAGUAGAUUUACGAUUCAAUGGAAUGGUCGACGUUUAAUCAUGGUAUCCGAUGCAUUCUCACUAAUAACACGUUUUUAUGACGAGCAACAGCCUAAUAUUAUCCUUGCUAAAUUCAGAAAACGAUUCGAAUCCUAUUUGCUUGUCAAUAAAUUCGACAUGGAAAUAUUCGUUAAUGAUUUACCGGAUAGUAUCUUUUUGUUGGGUCUAGCUGUCAAAGAUCGUAACCGCCGGACACAUCGAAAAAAUUAA